GUUGAGUCUGCGAAGGGGGUGUGCGCUGGGGGGAAAGAUACGCAGAAGGGAGAAGCUGGCUGCUGGUGGCGAAGAUGGCGGAUGGAGACAGUGGGAGCGAGCGCGGUGGCAGUAGCGGUGGUGGAGGGGGAGGCGGCAGCGGGUUUCAGCACUUCCAAAGGGAGCAGGAGACCCAGGAACUUGCGUCUAAGCGGCUUGACAUCCAGAACAAACGCUUUUACUUGGACGUAAAACAAAACUCGAAGGGCAGGUUUAUCAAGAUCGCCGAGGUCGGCGCCGGGGGCUCCAAAAGUCGCCUGACCCUUUCCAUGUCAGUUGCGGCGGAGUUUCGUGACUACCUGGGGGAUUUCAUAGAGCACUACGCCCAACUUGGGCCCAGCAGCCCCGAGCAGAUCGCACAGUCCUCCGGUGGCGAGGACGGUGGGCCUAGACGGGCCUUGAAGAGUGAGUUCUUGGUUAGAGAAAACAGAAAAUACUACCUCGAUUUGAAGGAGAACCAGCGGGGAAGGUUUCUCCGGAUCCGACAGACCGUCAACCGUGGGCCAGGUUUCGGGGUAGGAGGUGGUGGGGGGCCUGGAGGCGGCAUGCAGGCCGGCCAAACCAUCGCCCUUCCCGCUCAGGGCUUGAUAGAGUUUCGAGACGCCCUCGCCAAGCUGAUAGAUGACUACGGAGGGGAUGACGAGGAGCUGGCCGGCGGUGGAGGAGCCGGAGGGUACGGCGAGCUUCCUGAGGGCACAUCCAUCAUGGUGGACUCCAAACGAUUCUUUUUUGACGUCGGGUCCAACAAAUAUGGGGUGUUCCUUAGAGUCAGUGAGGUAAAGCCCAGCUACAGAAACUCAAUUACUGUACCCUUCAAAGCAUGGAGCAAGUUUGGAGGGGCGUUCUGUCGCUACGCCGAGGAGAUGAAAGAGAUCCAGGAGAGGCAGAGGGAUAAAAUGUACGAAAGAAGAGAAGAAUCGGAGGGCGACGACGUGGAUGACGACUGAUAUCGCUAGCUAGCUUGCUAGCCGAUUGCCUAGCUAGCCAGCUAACUAGUUACAACGAUGAAAGAUUCACGACAGCGUGAGCGAAACGCAAAUAAGAGAAUAUUACAUGCAUGACGAAUCGAACAUUAAUACUAAUAUCGUGGAGUAAGUAAAGUUCAUUUGACCGAGAAAUGUCGUUUUAAAAGAAAUUUGUUUUAUAAAGUUUAGGUGCAUAGCUAGCUAACUAGCUAGCUGAAAUUAUAGUUAGCUAGCUAGCUAAAACGGUAGUUAGCUAGCUAGCUAGCUGUUAACGAGGUUUCUCAUUGUUAAAAUGUUUUUAUUGUCAAAUCUAAAUAACCUUCUUCAAACACAGCAGCUUAUUAAAUUGGUUUCCUUUGAAAUAUAUAUUUAUAAAUAUAAAGACUUUACCUGGACCUGAACUAUUAGCUAAUAUUGUAGCUAAAGAUUUGAAAGUAUAUAUGUGCAUACGUGUUGUAUUUAACAGAGGAAAGAAGAUAAAAAGUCCACGAGUUAAAACCAGCAUCCAAUGUAUUACUGUCGGCCUUGCCAGGCUAGCUACCUAGGCGGUGUGGGUUCCAAAGUAAUUUGUGAGACCAGUUAAAUCCGCUGUCUCUGAAUGGAAAUAUAAACUUCAGUGGGCAGGGUAUUGGGUACUGAACAUAGCAGUACGAAAGCUAAAGAUCUGGAAAAGAAUCGCAGUCAGUUGUAAUUCCAAUAAUUUCUGUAGCGUCGGCACACCUAACGCUAUUAAUGACAGAAAACUGGAAUGUGAGGUGCGAACGAAUGUGACCGCCGGCACGGACCCAUGAAAAUUAUCACACGGUAGUUGAACAAAUAUGUAAACCAAACGGCAGACUGUCAUACGCCAUCCAGUCUGUUCGUGUGUGUUGAUUGGGUGCUUGUAUGUUUCAUUUAUAAAGAUGUCUGAUGUUAAAUUUGUCAUGGCCCGAGCCGGUGAUUAACCUUUAGCUACUAUAUCUGAAAUGUAAAACGUACACCUCAGAAACGCACUUAAGUACAAUAUGUAGUACAGAGGUUUGAACAAAGUUUCUCAGUCGUAGGAAGAAUCUCUAUGUUGGUAAGAGAACCACGCUCGCCGGGCCCUGCAGCAGCCUUGGCGUCCCAAAGUGUUGCUGACGCAAGGAUAACUUACCACUUCCUCCUGGAGUUUAUAAUAACUUACUUUUGGAACUGCUUUUUUGAGGGAAUCGCCUUUUAAGUCGUCAGUUCAGUCACUAGCUACUUUUGGACCUGUAUUCUCAAGGCAACAUCAGUCAUUAUUUUAAUUCAAGAUCUUGAAGGACUGGUGAAUUGAGUACAUGGAACAGUUUAAGUUUGGUCACACAACUGUGUUUUGGACAGAAAUGCAUGGAUGAAUGGUUAAACUAUACUGGAAAGAUUAUACUUUAAAAGAAAAUUAACUUUGAACAAACCAGCAUAGAAUUAUUUUUAAAUACCUAACUGAAAAAAUAUAUAUGAAUUACAGAAUUAUGAAUGCUUGCAGAACACGCUUAUUUAAAUUAAGCUGGGAUGCAGAGGAUCUGUCCAGGAAGAUUUUUUUUGGUUGUUUUUCCUUAAGCUUUCUCUUAUUCUGAAUAAGAAUGGAAGAGUAUAGCGCCUCCAUAAUUAAAACACAAAAUAUAAACAUGGUAUAUCUUGGACUGUAUGCUUAAGACAUGUUAGAGCCCCAUUACACUAUCCUUUCACCCAAGACAUCUAAUUCAGCUUCUCGGAGUAAUUCUUGAACUCUGUUUCCCCCUUUUCAGAGUAAGUAGCUUGCUGUUCAUUUCAAGCUAUUUCUGUUAAUUUAGCACAAAAGAUAACCUGAGGGCAUCAGAUGUGUCUCCAGUGGUCCUUUACUAAGUAUUUUAAAUUGUGCAUGCCUGUUCCAGUUUGGAGCUGCCUUGUGUUAAUUUAUUGCUUAUUCUGAUUACUGUAUGUUGGUAUUAAUCAACUGUAGACAUUUUUAGUUUUUUAUUUUAUUUUGUGAAGCAAAAAGUAUAUAUUGAAAAGAAAGAAAAAAAGCAACAAAGAGUUUACAGGGCAACAUUCAACUCUCGUGGCAUACACUCUUAUUUUCCAUUACAAACUGAGGUGAAUCUUCAGAACAGCUUUUAUCGAUGACCUCAUUCAUUUCAGAAUUUAAAGAAAUCUUCUAAAGCAAUGGGUUUCUGCCAGGUUAGAAUGUGUGUUUAGCGUUAAUUUCUUUGCCACGUGUUGUUGCACUUUAAAAAAAAAAAGUCUCACUGUUGACAGUCCAUUUAGCUUGAUGUGAACUUUUUCUUUAUAUUUUAAUUUAAUUUACUCUUCUCCACAGCAAAGAAUUUGUCAUACAAACCGUAUGGGAGCAAUAGUUCUUUUUUUUUAUUGUUUUUACUAUAUAUGAGUUUUAACUACAUCCUUAUUCCUGUACUGUGUUACGUGAAAUGGCAGCUGUUUCAGUCAUGUGUGUUCUGCUGUAAUAUUCUAUCAAGUUUCUUUCAAUAAUAAAUAAAAAAAUUCUUUGCUGAGGAAAACAAACUUGUUUUCCAGGAAAGAUUGGGUAUGCUUUGAGACAUAAGAUGACAAGAAUGUUUGACAGCAGGAAUUAUAAAGGAAAAGGUGUGAGACAAACUGUUGUUGACCCAUUUUGGCUCAAAGCAAGCCUGAAUGUCCUCCGCAAAGAGGAGUCUGGCCGCCAGUUGUCACUGUAGUUUCGUCCAGUGCUCUGUGUGUGCUUAUGUGUGGAUUUGCAAUGUCAUACAAAGCAUUAAAUGCAGGACCAAGGCAGCUGUGAAUGCAACGCUGCAACCUGAUGGUGCCGUUUACCAUAAUUUUAAUGUGCAAGGUGUGGAAAGCCUGACACCCCACCCUGCAAACUAUUGGUAGAGAAUCAGAUGUCAUCAGUCAAAAAUCAUGGUGGGUCACUGAGAAUCAGUGGCUAAUCAUAACACAUCUAGUGAAAUGUCUCUCACCAGUGUAUGUGGUGUCUGCUCAAUUCAGGGGAAUGUUUCAAGUAAUGAGAUGUGGCUUUGUUUAAAAGAAGCAGUAGGAAAUAAAAUGCUUAUUCAUGUUAGAUCUUGGCUGCAAGAGAUAAAGAUCUGUAAAAACAUUAAAGCCAACAAAACAUGUUGCUGUAAAGCUGCAUUAUCAUUUGUAAAAUCACAGACUGAUCAGUUUCUGGGCUACAAAAAAAGACACUUGCAUAUCUUAAAUUUAAUGCUGACUCGUAUGUCUGUUGUGCGAGUUGUUUGGAUAUGUGAUCUGUUGCUUCAUUCACAACAAAGAGUUGUGUUAUCUUGUAGAAUAGAUGUCCAAAAAGGUGCUUCACUUUAAGAUGGAGUCCAGAUUGAAAAUGCCACAACUUUCAGAUUCUUAAAGUGCUCGGGAACAGGCCAGGGAUUGUCAUUUUUCUGUUUCUGAGACAAGCACACAGGCUUCUCUUAGGCUGUUUUUGUACUGUGAACACAACUUGAAAUUUUGAUUGUUUCUUCGGUGUGAACUCAGCUGAGGCUGCAUGUCAGAUUUUUUAAUUAUCUGAACACAAGUGGACUUGAAAUGAUUCAGUCUGAAGAAACUGAGAUAUUGUUGAAUUGGAGGAGACCAAAGUUGGCAACAGGUGCUAAAUAGCUCACUGAGAAUGACAGCACAGGCAGCUGUUGCCAGAGCUCUUCCUCCCCCCCCAACCCCC